GUGGGAUGACCGGCAUCAAGGCAGUGAGCUCGGUGCCAUGAAGAGAAGAAGCGCCCUACGCGACCCCAAGGUAGACUCCGCAACCCGAGUAGCCAUGCUUCUUUCCCGUGGCAAAGCAGAACAAACACCCAGCAUGCACACGGAGGCAGGAACCUUGACAGCAUGGCGGCGAGGACAUGCCACCCAGUCAUACGGCCUGCAUGUGGAGAACAAGGAAAGGUGGCGUGAGCCUGAGUCAAGGAUACGGUCGUUUCACUGGAUAUCGAGCGGGGUUCACACAGAGGAUGAAGAGUUUGACACGGUUCUGCUGCUGCUGGAGAAGAGACUAAUAAAACAAGCGCGAGCCGAUCACAUGCCGCGUGUUUACGACAUGCUUAGAAGCUUGCGAUCUUGCAACUAUGAAUAUCAGCCCUCCCUUGGUGCUUGUGCACAUGCAGAGGAGGACCACGCGAACUGCCAUGGCUCACCCUCCUCCCUUCCUAAGGAGUUUGUCUGUCCCAUAUCGCAUGACGUCAUGCAGGACCCGGUCGUCGCGCUUGACGGACACACAUACGAGCGCGAGGCGAUCGAGGAGUGGCUCAAGCGAUCUUGUCGCUCACCGAUGACAGGACAGAUGAUGAUGGGCGACGAAGUCAUCCCCAACUUCACUCUACGAUCCAUGAUCCACAACUUCAUCUCGAUUGAUCGCCGAGUCUCGUAGUACAAGUGAAGACUAUGAGUCGAU